CACAAGAUUUUUCUAUAGUUCAGAAACGAAUAUGGGUGAAGGGAACGAACUACAUUCAGUACUAAAACUCUCACCAGCAGACCCUUCAGUCCAAAAUUUAAACCCUUUAAAAGAGCAAGCCAAUGGAGCAGCUUGAAGAGAAGAGAUUUAAGGAAGAAGGAAGAAAGGGGAUUUGGGAGAGGAAUUUCAAGGUUUUUUGGGAAAUAGAGGAUUUGAGAGGUUUAGGAAUUUUUGGAAUUUUGAGGGUGAAGUGAAGGGAGAGGGGCUGAUUUUGGGGGCUUUGGGGGAAUAGGUCAGUAAUGUGGUCAAUAUUUUAUGAAAUUUUUUAUAAAUUUAUAAAAAUUACGAAUUUUUGUAACUGCAUACACCACAGUUUUUAUCAGGUCUUGAACAAUAAAAUUAGACGAACAAGAAUAAUUUUUAGUAUAUUGUACUAAAAAUACUAGU